AUGCCCGGCAAGGUGACCACUGGCAGCGACAUCGGGCAGGCCCACUGGGCCAUGGAGCAGCUGCAGAUGGAGGUGGGCAUCGACCGUGUGAAGGUAUCCAAGGCGGCCGCUGACCUGCUGCAGUUCUGCAUGGAGCAGGCCAAGAGUGACCCCUUCCUCAUGGGCAUCCCAGCUGCCACCAACCCCUUCAAGGAGAAGAAGCCCUGCACCAUCCUAUGA